UCCGAAGUUACAGUGGCCGUGAGCCCAUCUCCGACGGACAUGGCAACAGGCAGCUUUCAUUUUGCACCAUGUGACACCAAACGGACAUCCAAACAGCUGGGAGCAUCUGCUGUGGGAAGGUCAGAAGGUUCAUCAGCCAAGGUGGAUCUCAAGAGUGGCCUAGAAGAGUGUGCAGAAGCACUGAACUUAUUUCUCAGUAACAAAUUUAAAGAUGCCUUAGAGUUGCUUCGCCCAUGGGCCAAGGAGAGCAUGUACCACGCUUUGGGCUACAGUACCAUUGUGGUGUUGCAGGCUGUCAUGACCUUUGAGCAACAGGACAUCCAGAAUGGCAUUUCCGCCAUGAAGGACGCUUUGCAAACCUGCCAAAAGUACAGGAAGAAGUGCACAGUUGUAGAGUCCUUCUCAAGUCUCCUUUCCCGAGGGUCACUGGAACAGCUGAGUGAAGAGGAAAUGCAUGCUGAAAUCUGCUAUGCCGAGUGUCUCCUACAGAAAGCAGCACUCACGUUUGUGCAGGAUGAAAAUAUGAUCAACUUCAUCAAAGGUGGACUCAAAAUUAGAACAAGUUACCAAAUAUAUAAAGAGUGCCUUUCCAUCCUGCACGUGAUUCAGAAGAACAAAGAUGAGCAGCACUUCUUCUAUGAGUUCGAAGGAGGCGUCAAGCUCGGAACCGGGGCCUUUAAUUUGAUGCUGUCUCUUUUACCAGCAAGAAUCAUUAGGCUACUAGAAUUCAUUGGAUUUUCUGGAAACAGGGACCUGGGCCUUCUGCAGCUAAGGGAAGGUGCUUCCGGGAGCAGCAUGCGCUCCCCACUCUGCUGCCUCACAAUCCUGGCUUUCCACACCUACAUCUCCCUGAUCCUCGGUACAGGAGAAGUCAAUGUUGUGGAAGCGGAGAGUCUCCUUGCACCCUUCCUUCAGCAGUUUCCAAAUGGCUCCCUCAUUCUGUUCUAUCAUGCCCGAAUUGAGCUGCUGAAAGGCAGUGUGGAAAAGGCUCAAGAAACGUUUCGAAAAUGCAUUUCAGUUCAAGAAGAGUGGAAACAGUUUCACCAUCUCUGUUACUGGGAAUUAAUGUGGAUUUAUAUAUACCAACAAGAUUGGAUGCAAGCAUAUUAUUAUUCAGACCUACUUUGCAAAGAGAGUAAAUGGUCCAAGGCAACAUAUGUGUUCUUGAAAGCUGCCAUUUUGAGCAUGCUUCCAGAGGAGGAUGUGGCAGUGACUAACGAGAAUGUCGUGGCUCUGUUCAGACAGGUCGACGGCUUGAAGCAGAGAAUCGCGGGCAAAUCUCUCCCAACUGAGAAGUUUGCUGUGAGGAAGGCACGGAGGUACUCCCCAUCCUCAGGCGCCCCAGGCAAGCUCGUCCUGCCAGCCCUGGAAAUGAUGUAUGUCUGGAAUGGCUUUUCAAUAGUGGGCAAAAGAAAGGACCUUUCUGAAAGCCUCUUGGUGACUGUGGAGAAGGCUGAGGCGGCUUUACAAAGUCAAAACUUUAUUGACUACUCUGUGGAUGAUGAGUGCUUGGUGAAAUUACUGAAAGGAUGCUGCCUCAAGAACUUACAGCGGCCCUUGCAAGCUGAGCUGUGUUUCAACCACGUUGUAGAAAGUGAAAAGCUACUGAAGUAUGACCACUAUCUGGUGCCAUUCACUCUGUUUGAGUUGGCAUUUUUGUACAAAAGCCAAGGGGAAAUUGACAAGGCCAUAAAGGCCCUAGAAACUGCCAGAAACAACUACAAAGAUUACUCCUUGGAGUCCAGACUACACUUCAGAAUUCAAGCAGCUCUUCACCUCUGGAAGAAACCGUCCUCAGACUGAUCCGGAACACACAGGAUGGUGUCCUCCCCAGUCAACACUGAUUCUUGCUGUGGACAUCAGUCCCUGUGGCAAGGUGGAGCCGCGACCCUUCAAAUAAGAAACAGAAAACCUAUUGUCAGGCCUUUCCUGUCAUUGGAGUGGCUUACUGUUGGUCUAUAUAUUUUCCCCUAUGGAAUGACAUUCAAUACUGUAUAGAAAUUCUUGUACUGUGUCUUUAAAAAGAAUUUCACAUUAGAUUUCAAUUGAGAGGUGAAAUCUUUUAAAAGACCAUCAAGUACAAUAAAGUCUAGUUAGAUUAUUUAUUUUUUUAAUGUGAGAAUUAGUAAUGUUCAAGUAGCAAAUAGCUUUAUCAGCUGAGCCAUUUCUAGAUUGGCUUGCCCUUUAGACUUCAGAUAUAUUUUAUUGCUUAGUAUUUAAAUCUCACAGCUAAAAUAAUAUAAUAGUGGCUUCCGGAAGAUUCUGGAUGAGUGAAGCAGAGGGCCUGAGGUGGGUAAAGUGUUCCUAGGCUGACGGGACCUGUAUCUCUACAAGAUGGUGCAGUUGUAAGAUCUCGGGUUUCCACUCUUCUCGUUGGUUGAAGGUGGUAGCAUUUUCCAGAAACUAUCCUGUAUUUGAAUGUAUGCAUAUCUGACCCAGUAAUAGCAUUCAGUCAUUUCUUAUGUAUGUAAGGGAAGAAAGGGCUGUGUUUUAGAACUCCCUAACCUUAGUGCUGAAUCCUGAAGUACAGGCUUUGACUACCUUUCUUAUAGGAAGGAAAGCUGCUGCUUUAAAUGACAUGUAAAAUACCAGUCAUCUGUACACUUAUGAUGCCGCUGACCCAGCGCUGAUGGUUCCUUUUAAGGAUCUGGGCUGCCCUUUGGUUCUCUGAGUAGAAAACAGAGUCAGAGCAUCAGCAGAUGUCCUUCCCGCAG